GCACCCAAUGAACGACGUCUCCUGGCGUUUUUCCCCCAGCUCUGGGACCGCAUUGCUACAAAGUUUACUGAAGCUACAUUUGAGUGCUAUCGGCAGAGAUUUGAUUUUAUGACAUAUUUGUAGCGCUUGAGAAGUUUGUUUUCCAAUUCAAACCACCUUAAUGACUUUAUAAUCCGCUGUGCGCAUGCUCUGGAGGCGAGAAAGGCUCAGUGACUUGUUCGGAAACACAAAGCUCAGUGUUUUUUCUGCUGUCGUUGUAGUGGUUCACGGUUUUUUCUUCUGUUGCUGAUCGAUGAGGAGGUUUUUGACUCGCUAACAGCAGCACGAGUGUUGCUCCUACGUUGCAUGUAUGGCAUGUGCUCUCAUUUACUCAAACUUUUACAGCGUUACAUUACACAGCUACUUUAAAGUUUUCAGCUUCUUACCAAAACAAUGCGUGUAGUGUUGGGGGUUGAAGUGUAGCCUACCCAUAGUGUUGAAUUUAACACAGAAACUAAGGAUAAAACGCACGAUUCUGACGUUAUUUUGGAGAAACGUAACCCACAACCACAUUGUCUUCAUAGCAACAUGCCCAUUAGGCGUUUUGGGGGUCACAGGUCUCUUGUCUCUCACUCUCAAAUUUCUAAGCUGUCGUAUGGUUACACCAGGAUGAAUGUUUCAAGGACUGGAUACCGUGUUUUCUCUGCCAACUCCACUACCGCCUGCACAGAGCUGGCUAAGAAGAUAACGGAACGUCUAGGCGUGGAGUUGGGCAAGUCAGUGGUUUUCCAAGAGUCAAACAAAGAGACUAGAGUGGACGUGAAAGAGUCAGUCCGUGGACAAGACAUCUUCAUCAUUCAGACCAUUCCCAGAGAUGUCAACACGGCCAUCAUGGAGCUGCUGGUCAUGGCGUACGCCCUGAAGACCUCCUGUGCCAAGAACAUCAUCGGGGUCAUUCCUUACUUUCCUUACAGCAAGCAGUGCAAGAUGAGAAAGAGAGGAUCCAUCGUCUGCAAACUGCUUGCAUCCAUGUUAGCUAAAGCUGGUCUAACCCACAUCAUCACCGUGGACCUCCACCAGAAAGAAAUCCAGGGAUUCUUCAGCUUCCCUGUCGACAACCUGAGAGCUUCCCCCUUCCUCAUUCAGUACAUUCAGGAGGAGAUCCCAGACUACAGGAACGCUAUAAUUGUUGCAAAGUCCCCUUCAGCUGCCAAGAGAGCUCAGUCCUACGCUGAAAGGCUGCGGCUGGGCCUGGCAGUGAUGCACGGGGAGGCCAACCAUGCGGAGUCAGACAUGGCCGACGGGCGACAGUCUCCACCCUUGUCCCGCACCACCACAGGACACACAGGCCUGGAGCUGCCAUUAAUGAUGGCCAAGGAGAAACCACCAAUCACUGUUGUCGGAGAUGUAGGAGGCAGAAUCGCCAUCAUUAUUGACGACAUCAUAGACGAUGUGGAGGACUUUGUGGCAGCAGCAGAGAUCUUGAAGGAAAGAGGAGCCUACAAAAUUUACAUCAUGGCCACACAUGGUCUGCUGUCUGCGGAGGCACCCAGACUAAUAGAGGAGUCUGCCAUCGACGAGGUGGUGGUGACCAACACUGUUCCUCAUGAGGUGCAGAAGCUGCAGUGUCCAAAGAUCAAGACUGUGGAUGUCAGUAUGAUCCUGGCCGAGGCCAUCAGACGCAUCCACAAUGGAGAGUCCAUGGCCUAUCUGUUCCGCAACAUCGCUGUAGAUGACUGAGGCAACACACACACAUAAAUUCACAUUCCUGCUUUACCAACAUUACCAAGAACACACACUCUGAUGACCAAGAUCCAGGUUAACUCCGGCACGAGCUUUAUUUUGUUGCUCCUGUUUGCUGAUAAACAUGUUAACAGAAAUUGGCUGUUUUAUGUGUUUGCUGUACACUUGAAGCAAAUGCUUAAUUUCUCUGUUACAUAGUGGGACUGCACUAACAAUACAAACUGUUACACUUCACUAAUAUAUGCUUCCUUUCAUUUGAAUACAUAAACAGCACAACUAACUGUAUCGUGCAGCCUCUCAGUAAGCUGCAGAAUUUGGCAAAUAAAAUGAUUAUUUUGUGGUGA